AUGUCGACCAGCAUGCAACAGGCGCCAUCUUCCGUCACUUCCUCGGGCUGUGGAGAUGAUGCGAUGCCAGAUUACUUCUACGGACUGCACUUCGACGUGGUAUAUCGGGCCUUGCAUAUCUUCUUUCAGACUUUCGGCGGUCAUUUUCCCUUUCUUAACAACCAGAUCCUUGCCGGCCACGUCCGCUCGAGGCAGGCAUCCAAGUUCCUCAUUAGCUCCAUCUUGGCCCUGACGGCUCGCUUUUGCCCGGCCGACAUGUUUCAGUCGACCACAGACAGCGAUUCGGAGCCAGGUUACGAGCGGCGGGCAGGGGCACGCUUCCUCAAAGCUGCCAAGGAACAACUCAUGUGCCUCUUGGCUGUCCCUGCGCCCGACGUGGUUGCUGGGCUCAUCGUCCUUUCGUGGGCAGAAUUCGGAAGCAACAGUGGCGAAGGAGGGUUGUGGAUGUUCUCAGGCAUGGCGAUCCGCAUGGCGCAGGACCUCGGCCUUCAUCGCUCCGACGCGACCGAUCUUGAUCCGCAAGCGGCUUUCUAUGAUCACGCCCCGCUUAGUUUGCAGGGCAUUAGGGUCCCCACUGACGAACAGUCUGCUCUUCAUCAACAAAAGUCGAGACUCGUCAUGUUUUGGUCUGCCUUCACUUUAGACGUCUACGUCUCCUUGCUAAUGGGGCGUCCGCCCACGAUCAGACGUGCCGAGAUCGAGGUGCCGCUGCCGACCGCGGACGACAUGAAGCCGGUACAUCUUGACUUUGAUGGUUCUCACAAGAUGUGCCACAUCAUCUUUCCUGCAAUGGCACGUUCCAUGUACAUAUUUUCUGAAGCUGUUGAGCUCUUUAAUCUGAACAAGGGCGCCGAAUACACCUGCUCUCUCGAAGAAAUCGAAAACAUUGAAAAGAAAGUGGCACAAUGCUACCAUGGCCUCGACGCUAGUCUUAUCUUUAGCACGGAUACCUACAAGAAGUCUUCGAGUGAUGGGCAUGCCGGCCUCUUUUUGAUGCUUCACCUCUACUUUUAUACCUUCGUCGCGCUCUUGUCAACCAGAAGGUAUCGAUCUCUUAUUGUACACGAGAGGAGUAAGAGAUCCGCCCAGGUUGCUUGCCAAAAGAUCUUGCAGACUCUGGCGAUUGCUGAAGCCGUCGACGAUAAGGGAUACACGGCGACUCCCUUCCUGGCAUAUAGUAUCUUUGUGGCAGCGUCCACCUUGCUAGAGGACAUGGCGCUCGACAACGAAGGAGCUGGCGAUUUCAUCACUACAGUGGAUUUUGCCGAUAUCGACUUUCUCAGCCAGAAACUCCGCGAGAUAUCCCGCUUCUUUCACGGCGUCAAUGCAACCAGCGACGCUAUCCGCGUGAAGAGACGGGGUCGUGGACCCGACAGCGGUAAUGGCAGGGAGGACAAGGAAGACGCAGAAAGUCACUGCAUUCUCGAGCUUCAAGACAAGGGCAUCAUCAACAGGUACACGAUUCCCUCAACUAGUGACUGAGGCAACCGGAACCCUUGAUGUGCACAACUACCUAUGAAGGCGAGCUCCCUCGCUGCCACCCUCAUGCUGGUCCCAUCAGCAGGCCAACUUGACCUGUUCCGGCACCUACUCAUACCCCUCCACUUUCAAGUCCUCUAUUUCUGUAUCUUCUGCUGGAAUCUAUACAGGGAGUCAUAAAUGUUCGAUUUGUCCCCCGUGAACUCCAUCUCGUCUAUCCCCUGUGUCGCUUAUCAGUGCAGGAAGGCCUUACGUCGGGUCAUGACGGUGAAUUUCUCACUUACCAGCCGUAAAUCUCAUGGACAACAAUGGAAUUUCCUACGAACGUCGAAGCCAACAAUCCGCGCGGGAUGAUAUCGUGGUGAGUGAUUUGCACCUUAUCUGGGAUCUAUUCGACGAAGUUGG